AAAAGUGGAAAAAAGCAAGCUGGGUUUGUUAACCAGUGAGUUUGUUCUUUAGCAUUACUGUAGAUAAAACUUGUUUUAGGUUAAACAUUGAGUUUAAAGCUAGAAAAAAAAAACAGUACUUCUUUUCUUUUGAAAAACCCAAAGGAAAGAUGACCUCAGCGUACAGAAGCCUUCAUGACAACUAUGAUUCAAACAAAGGCAGGAGGACCAGCUGUGUGACAUUGGCUGUGCUUUUGGGCUGUUUGACUGUGCUCGGUGUUAUUCUUGCCAUCGCUGUGUUGGAGAGACCAACACCUCCUAAAAACCAUGACACUCUUCCUGAGGACACUGGUGGGAUGAACCUCACUGACCAGUGCAGCAUGACCCUUGUGGAAAGUAUUCCUCUAUAUCUAAAAUAUAAAAGUAAUGCAACUUUUGGGAUCCCUCUGGAACAAGUCUGGAAAGACCUUAUCUCCCAAGCCUCACAGAGCGUGAAUAUAGUCUCAUUCUACUGGACGUUAACAGGGGAGGACAUCAACGUCAACUCCUCCACUGAUAUUCCUGGAAGGGACCUCCUACAAGCGCUUGGGGAACUUCCCUCCAGGAACAUAUCUGUCCGCGUGUUGACCAGUGUUCCCACAGUCAAAACAAACUCCACAGAUCUAAAGAUCCUAAAACAGAAAGGAGUUCAGGUGAGAAGAGUAGAGUUUGGUCGUCUGACAGCAGGCGUCCUCCACACCAAGUUCUGGAUUGUUGACAUGAAGCAUGUGUUCAUUGGAAGUGCCAACAUGGACUGGAGGGCUCUGACCCAGGUAAAGGAACUGGGAGUGGUGGUCUGUAAUUGUUCCAGUCUUGCAAUGGACCUUCAUAAGAUCUUCCAGUCCUACUGGGUAAUGGGGCAACCCAACAGCUCCCUGCCAAAACCUUGGCCUGCAAAUUAUUCCACUGACAUCAACAAACAGCACCCUCUGCUGGUAAAAGAGGGUAACAUCUCCAGCAGCCUUUACAUUGCUGGUUCUCCUCCAUCCUUUUGUCCUCCAUCAAGGACUCAGGACCUGGAGGCGAUACUGUCCUCCAUCUCAGAGGCUGACAAAUUUGUAGAUAUUGCUGUCAUGGAGUAUUUCCCCACCACUGGUUUUGAAAAGCCUCACAAAUUCUGGCCGCUCAUUGAUAAUGCCAUUAAGAUGGCUGUGUUUGACAGGAAAGUGAAGAUCAGGAUGUUGAUCAGCUGUGGGCGUGAUUCUGAUCCAGCCAUGUUGCCCUUUCUUCAGUCUUUGGCUUCAAUGGAUUACCCUCUCCAUCACAUCAGCAUCCAAAUAAAACUGUAUAUCGUCCCUGUGGGAAAUCAGUCUGAUAUUCCAUACACCAGAGUCAAUCAUAAUAAGUAUAUGGUGACUGAUAAAGUUGCAUACGUAGGUACCUCCAACUGGGUGGGUGACUACUUUCUGACCACAGCUGGAGUGAGUCUGGUCAUUUCCCAGAGUACUCCUCACUCUGCAUUGAACAAUAAGACCCUGUACCACCAGCUGAAGGACGUAUUCAACAGAGACUGGCAUUCAGAAUUCACUGUCCACCUCCGGGAUCUAGGACACAACCCAGACUGUGCUCUAUCACCAAGAUGACUGAUGUUUAUAUCAAACAACUACAAAUACUUGAUUUAGUUUUUAUUGCAACAUUUCCGUCAUAACUGUUGCUUUGCAUUGUUUUAUUUUCUGUAUCAGCAUUUCAUAUAAUUUUACAAAGUUUCUCUGAUGCUUUAGUUAGAAGUUGGAGUACUUCCUUAUUGAUUUCUAUGUAUGUUUACCUGCAUUCCUUCUUUACUUCUCAAUAUAUAAAAAUAAUAUGUCACAUUCAGUCUAA